AUGGUGGAUCCGGCUCUAAGGGUUCCGAUUCCCGGGUCCUCCAAAACUGACAGUCCUCGGUCAUCUACACUCUUCACCAACGGGGAUGCCUCCAAUGAUAAGGGUGACACCGCCUCUAUCAAAUCUGGCAAGAGUGGCCGGUCAGCGAAUUCCCGACAGAGUCGGAGCGAGGUCACCUCCCCGCUGACUCCUGAACCCUCUUCCCCGGAUGCGCCUUCCAUCCCUGAAAACGAGGUACCGAGCUCUCCGGUCGUCGGUAGCUCCAUCAAUGCUGGCCAUAAAGAUGUCGACAGUGCCAAGGCAUCCGGCGAGGUUGGAAACGUGUCCGACAAGCCGCUCACAGAGACCAAGUCCGGCCUCCACAGUUCCCUCCACCAACCCGGCAAGCCUAUUCUUGUGAAGCGCGAUGUCCCCGUCAACGUGAUUAAGGAUGGCGGGGCAGCGAAGCCUGACGAGAACACCAAUGUGUCCAUGAGUGAAAUCAAGGACAUCGAUUUGGACGACUUUAUCAAGCGCCUUUUAGAUGCCGGGUAUACUGGAAAGGUUACCAAGAGCGUCUGCUUGAAGAACGCCGAGAUAGUCGCCAUCUGCCAGAGGGCCCGCGAGGUAUUCUUAUCCCAGCCCGCCCUGCUGGAGCUGGACGCGCCCGUGAAAAUCGUUGGCGACGUCCACGGCCAAUACACUGACCUGAUCCGCCUCUUUGAGAUGUUAUACGGCUUCUACGACGAAUGUAAGCGUCGCUGCAAUGUCAAAAUCUGGAAGACCUUUGUUGAUUGCUUCAAUACGCUCCCCAUCGCCGCCAUUGUUGCCAAUAAAAUCUUUUGCGUCCAUGGAGGACUUUCGCCUGCUCUAUCCCAUAUGGAUGACAUUCGCAACAUUGCCCGUCCCACCGAUGUUCCUGAGUACGGCCUUUUGAACGAUCUCUUAUGGGCUGACCCUGCCGAGAUGGACCAAGAUUGGGAGGCAAAUGAAAGAGGCGUCAGUUACUGUUUCGGAAAGAGGGUGAUUACCCAGUUCCUUGCAGAUCACGAUUUCGAUCUCAUUUGCCGAGCCCAUAUGGUGGUGGAGGAUGGCUACGAGUUUUUCAACGACCGAGUCUUGGUCACCGUCUUCAGCGCCCCAAACUACUGCGGGGAAUUUGACAACUGGGGCGCCGUCAUGUCAGUAUCUGCGGAGCUGCUCUGCAGCUUUGAACUAUUGAAACCACUAGAUUCUACGGCUCUCAAGAGUCACAUCAAGAAGAGUCGAAACAAGAGACAGACCAUGCUCAACAGUCCGCCCGCUAGUGUCCAACCACAGAGCGUUUGA